AUGAGCCAAGAACAACCGAUGAGGCUUCAAGAGGCUCUUGCGGAGUCCCAGCAUGAGUUUGAAGCCCACGCUGCCGUUGGAAAGGUGGUUGAGCAAGAGAAGAGAUCAUUAUCAUCGCCAUUAACAUCACCAUCGACAUCAAUUGCCCAAAGUCGGUUUACGGGCAUUACCAUUGGUGAGGCACUCGAAGCAACAGCCUUAACAUCUGGCCAAAGACCGGUUGAUUAUAGUGAUGCGGCCGCAAUUCAAGCUGCGGAAGUUAGGGCAACUGGUCGCACAAACAUAGCCCCCGGAGGCAUUGCUGCAGCAGCACAAUCCGCAGCUACAAGAAAUGCUCGAGUUACAACUGAAGAAGAAAAGACUAAGUUGUCUGAGAUUCUCACAAAUGCGACAUCUAAAUUACCAACUGAUAAACAAGUCACGCGCCGAGAUGCUGAAGGAGUGAUAGGAGCUGAGCUAAGGAACGAUCCAAACCUCACCACCCGACCAGGAGGCGUGGCAGCCUCUAUGGCUGCCGCUGCUAGACUUAACCAUAAGAACGCGAAUCGCAAAAAUAACAACAAUAACAACGAUAACCUUGAACAACAAGAUUAGUC